UAGUCAUGGAACUUAACAGUUUUUUUUUAAAGAUCUGUUUUAUAAUGUAGAAAUCCUCAUUAUGCAGCUUUUUGCACUGUGUUGAGCUCACUUAGACUUUUUCACACUUAACUGAGUUGUCACCUUCUCACCCACUCUCUCUACAGGUUAGUAAGAAGGGUUGUGGGUGAACUGUGUCCAAGGGUUAACUGACCCCAGCGCUUGAACUAUUUCCAUGCAUGUCUGACACGAUUUUCUAAAUUUAACAGGUUAAUGUUCCCCAGGCGAUUUAAAUAUAUCACAUAUGUGAGUUUUUCCAUGCUCAAAUAAAAAGGAACUGCUAUUAUUAUAUCAUUUUAUUAUUUCUUGCUAUGGGGACACCUGUGAUAAUAAUUAGACAAUGUCCCUACAUGCCUGCUCUGUGCACAGGCACGUAGGGACAUUGACCACUUGUUUCAUAGAGAAGAAGGGGCCAAAAAAUGCACAUCUGAAAAAAAGGAGGAAAUUCUGGGGAAUUUGGUUGCCUCACAAACUGCACGUCAUUUCCUCCUAUGACAAAUGUGUGGUUUCUGUCUUUGAAAAAAAAAAAGAAGUUUUAAAGCAGUGUGAUUAUGACAAGUCCGCGCAAUUUGCCUGCAAUACUCAGAGGAGAAUGAAUGGUCAUGUAAAGAGCAUGCGUUUUCAACAGUUUAUGGAACUGACAACAACAUUACUCUCUCUCCUGCUGGUUAUGGCUGUUGAUUCAACAAGAACUGCUGCAGCGAGCAGGAACCAGCAGUGUGGGAAUUCUCUGCAGCAGACUUGGAAGCUCACCAGACUCGCGCUGAAAGAAUCUGUCGACCUAAUCAGAACAUAUAAAGCCUAUCAAGGAGAGAUGUCGGAGCGCUUCUGCAAGGUGCCAGUCAGCGACGUCCCUGACCCCAACAUCUCCGGCCUGGAGCCCUCGGAGAGGAUAGCGAGCAUCUACACACACCUCCAGGCCUUCCUCGCACAUUUCAAACGGGUGUACGAGCAGCAGACAGACUUGCAGUUGCCCACGAGCCCGCUGCUGACCGAGCUCACCAUUGCCAGAGCUCGCGGCAGGAGCCUGGCUGCUCUGGUCAACAGCUUUUAUCAGCGCCUCUUCCCAAACCUGCCUCUACCGGAGCCAGCAGGGGGGGCGACAGCGCUGCCUCCGCCUCAGAACGUGUUCCAGCAGAAGGUCUACGGCUGUGUGGUCCUGAAGACCUACAAAGAGUUGCUGUCAAAUGCUUCCAGAGAACUGAGAAUGCUAAAGAGCAAAGUAUGCAGGAGGAGGAUACAAAUUAACACACCCAUCUUCUGAGGAUGACCUAAGGCUGGCCUUAGACCGUCAGUUUCCAACAAUGCCUAAUACUCACUGGGAUUUGAUAAAGACUUAAAAAGAGAUGCGAGUUUGAAGGUGGCUGGUACAUCAGUGUAAUUGAGCCUAUUUAUGGUAUUUAAUAUUUAUUUUCUUGUGCGCUUCUGGUAAAAGGAAUCCGGGUUCAAGGAUUAGGAGUGUAAAAGUUAUCUCUAUGCAGGACAUGUGUAUUUAAUACAUCUAUUAUGUUAUAUAAAGAUCUAAUUUUGCUGACGUAAAUGUAUUAAUGUAUACAGAAUUAUUAAAAGAAACUUUACAACUGA